CGCCCGCCGGGGCCCAUGAUCCGGCUGCGCGGCUGGUGCGCGCGGCGGCCCCGCGGCGCGGCGGGGCCGGCGGUACCCGCGGGGCCGGCGGGGCGGCGCUGGGCGUCGGGCGGGCCUGGGGGCCGCGCCCUGCGAGUGCUGGUGGACAUGGACGGCGUGCUGGCCGACUUCGAGGGCGGCUUCCUCAGGAAGUUCCGCGAGCGCUUCCCCGACCAGCCCUUCAUCGCGCUGGAGGACCGGCGCGGCUUCUGGGUGUCGGAGCAGUACGGCCGCCUGCGGCCCGGGCUGAGCGAGAAGGCCAUCAGCAUAUGGGAGACAGAGAAUUUCUUCUUUGACCUCGAGCCGCUGCCGGGGGCUGUGGAAGCUGUGAAGCAGAUGGCCAACUUGGAGAGCACCGACGUCUUCAUCUGCACGAGCCCCAUCAAGAUGUACAAGUACUGUCCUUUCGAGAAGUACGCCUGGGUGGAGAAGCACUUCGGCCCUGACUUUUUGGAGCAGAUUGUGCUGACCAGAGACAAGACCGUGGUCUCGGCCGACCUCCUCAUAGAUGACCGGGUGGACAUUACAGGGGCCGAGCCGAACCCCAGCUGGGAGCACGUGGUCUUCACAGCCUGUCACAACCGGCACACGCAGCUGCAGCCCCCCAGCCGCAGGCUACACUCGUGGGCGGACGACUGGAAGGCCAUUCUGGACAGCAAGCGGCCCCGCUGAGCUCCCACUCGGAGCCCCGGCCCCUGGCCUGAGCCUCAGCGCCCACUGCAUGUCUCCCAGCCUCCAGCCCCGCCAGGCCUUAAACUGAUCUCGGGGCAGGGCCAGCCCAGGGCCCUGGACGGGACUCAUGCGGCCCGGCAGUACAGGCCGACCUCAGGCCCGGGCAGGCUGCCGCCACCGCGGACUCCAGACCAGGGAGGAGCCAGGGCGUUGUUCGGGGGGUGGCCACCCUCCCCCUCCCUCAGGGAAGUCCCCCUCCUCCCUGCUUGAGCCGUCAGCGAGGGGUCCCCGAUGGCCGAGCUGCACCUGGCCUGCGAGGCUGGGCAACACAGGAGCCUGUGGGGACGAAAGGUCACCUUGUCAGCCCCAGCCCUGCCGCCCACCCACCCGGUGCAAUGCGGUGUCCCACAGGGAACUCCAUGCGAGUCCCAGGUCACCCCAGGCUCUGCACUGGGGCCGCCGCCCACCCAAGGCCCAGAAGGGUCAGCAGGCCAGGAUGUCUGCUGCAGGCAUGAACAAUAAAUGCUGCUCGUGUGCUGCCCGAG